UUCUAUCUUUCACCCGACCAGCUGCAGGACAAACUGGCCACCCUUUCCGGUCUUCCGGCCUCCUUCUUCAAGGCCUUCCUGCAAUUGGAUGCCAUCAAGAAGCGCAACGCUGAGGCCCUCACUGUGCCCGACGAGGCCAAACUCGAACUCCCCUUUUUCCUACCGGUUAUUGAGACUACUACUGGCAUGGCUUGGAUCGACGAAGCUGAUGAUGACGAGAUCACGAAGCUGACAAAUGCCAGCAGUGCCCUAGAGGAAACUGCAUCUAAGCGCGCCAAGCGGCGCAAGAAGAUGACUGUGGAUGAAAUUUUCGAAAGUCACCUCGACUCCGUCCUGGCUGAUCUACCCGCGCCUGGGGAAGACCUGACUGAUCAGAUAUCUUGCGCAUUAUUUGAUUUCCUCCUCCGUGUGUUGGUCGCCAACUCUCUGUUAACCGUUCUGUGCGCAACUCCCACUGCCCUAAAUCCAAGUUCUCUCGAUAUGGAGAUCCGGCUGUUAGCACCUGCGCCCGAUGAACUCGCUGCUGCAACUUCAGCCAUUGACUUUGUCGACAAAGAGGGUCCCCUGAGACGCCUCUGUUCCUUCCUGGCGCUGCUCGUCAAUAGAUUCAAGCGCAAUCUGGACGUGGACUUCGCGACGGCCUGCCUGGAGGCUGUUCUUCGUCGGCAUGGCGAGGUGAUUGCCCGACCUUCUGCCUUCCUCUCCACAGCCAAAUCCGCCGACUUUGAUCAGGCCGUUGUCCGGGAGACGAUAUCCAACCAGCCGGAGCCUGUUACAGAAAACCUGGCUUUUGAGCUUGUGGAGGAGGCUCUGAGGGCCAAACGCUCAUCUCAAACUAUGCUCUUCAGCCAGAUAACUCGAUCUAUCGCACUGGUAGACUUUAUACGAAAUGCCUCCUGUACAUUGCAGAUGUGA